AGUAGCGCCACGGGGCGGAGUUCAGCAAUACGAGCAAAAAUACGAGUCCGCAGGAUUCGCAUUUAUUUUUCUCACGAAAAAAUACUCAUUCUUGUGCUCAAAGUGCGUGAAAGGUGUGCCAAAAGGUGCAAAUAGUGUCGGAGGAUCUCACAAAAGUUUUCCCGUAGUGCAGUGAAAUGGUUAUAGCGUGAAAAAUCCACAAAAUUCACAAGGGAAAGGCAAUGACAAGGAAAAAGCCAUGAAUUGGCUCUAGCGGUAGAGAUUGCAAGAGCCCCAGUGACGUGAAGAUCGAAAGCCGCACCCGCAGGACCUGCCGCGCAUUGCCAGAUGAAUUUACUUUGCUGGACAAUGGCGCCAAAUCCGCGUGUGACGAGGAAGUGGGAGAUCUUUGCGGGACGAAAUAAAUUCUUCUGUGAUGGACAUCUUAUGACUGCACCACAUUCGGGCAUCUUCUAUUUGACUGUUUUCCUCAUUACGGGCACCAGUGCGCUCUUCUUUGCCUUCGACUGCCCAUUCCUGGCGGAAAAGAUCACACCUGCUAUCCCAAUAAUCGGUGGGAUUCUCUAUGUUUUCACGAUGAGCUCUCUCUUUCGCACAUCCUUUUCGGAUCCAGGGAUAAUUCCGCGCGCAUCGCAGGACGAGGCGGCGUACAUUGAGAAGCAAAUCGAGGUGCCAAAUUCCCUCAAUAGCCCAACAUAUCGUCCACCGCCGCGUACCAAAGAAGUCCUCGUGCGGGGGCAGAUUGUUAAGCUAAAGUACUGCUUCACGUGCAAAAUCUUCCGACCCCCACGGGCAUCGCAUUGCAGUCUCUGCGACAACUGCGUGUCCCGUUUCGAUCAUCACUGCCCAUGGGUUGGCAAUUGCGUGGGAAAGCGUAACUAUCGCUUCUUCUACAUGUUCAUUGUCUCCCUGGCAUUCCUCACCGUCUUCAUCUUCACCUGCUCAACCACACACAUUGUUCUGCUGACAAAAGAUCGGAAUGAUUUGACAUUGGAAGCAAUAAAGGAGAGCCCUUUCAGUCUCAUAAUUGCCAUCAUUUGCUUCCUGUCUGUAUGGUCGGUUAUUGGAUUGGCGGGCUUUCACACAUACCUCAUUACGAGUGACCAGACAACGAAUGAGGACAUCAAGGGGUCCUUCUCUUCCAAGGGUGGCCAGCACGCCGUUAAUCCCUACUCUCGUGGCAACAUUUGCCUCAAUUGCUUCCAUAUUCUCUGUGGUCCCAUUCAGCCGUCACUAAUCGAUCGACGGGGCAUUGUGACGGAUGAGUAUAGGAGUCAGAUGCUCGUGCCGGAUCCUUUCAUGUCCAAUGCCCCGAUGAUUCCUCAAGUACCCGUGACGCAAUCACCGGAGAAUCAGGGACAAAAGGCGGGAAAUAUCUACGAUAUGGAUGUGGAGGGGAAUCCAUCGAGUACAGGGGUCUACCGACAGCGAAGCUAUGAUAAUCUCCACAACGGAAAUUCCAACAGUGUGGACCAUUUGGUGGAGAAUGAAAUUCCCCUGUCAACGAUGCAGAGCCCGGCUGAUGAGGUGCACCCCAAUAAGGUGAGUGGGAGCUAUACAAAUCUCUUUCGGGCGUCAAUGGACGCAGAUGCGGAGGUGCAGCAGGAGAAUGGUGGUGUUGCAGUGGUGGAGAAUGUUUACAGCAAUAUUCCUGCUGCAGACGAGGAUCCCACGAUGCAUGUUUACUCCAAUGUCGGUGGGGAGGGGAAUGAUUUGAGUUUUGAUGUGGCAAAUAAUCUCCUUGCGGCAUCCUCCACCCUCUUGUCCGAUGAUCUCGAUUUGGACGAUCCAGCGGCCGCUGCGAGUGCCUACCGGGGUGAUCAGUCGUCCACAAAGAGUCCCACAAAGGCCAUCGCGCCAAAAGCGACUGGUGAGGAGGUGACGAAGGUCCUUAAGAAUGGUGAUGUAGGGCAGAGGCAGAAGGGUGGUGGUGGGGGGAUUGAGAUGAAAAAUGUGAUACCGUCAGUGGCGGAAAGUGUCCUCACGGGGGGAAGCACGACGAGUCGACUGAAGAUGCUCCACGAUACAACGAUGAUUGACACAGCCCUAGAUCUCGAUAGCCUCGAUGGGUCGAGUUUGGGCAAUAAUUCCAGUGCGUGUCUCGUUAAAAGUGCCGCCGCCAUCGUAUGAGGCGCCUCAAGCACGUCCCCCCCGGCCUCCACAGCCUGCAUUUUGUUUACUUUUUUUUUAAUUCAAAGCCAUUCUACCUCCUGUGCGCCCAUCAAGAGCCCAGAAAAGUCUCCCUUCCCCAAGAAAAAGAAAAGUUCUUUCACUAUAUACUUGUUUAUUUUCAUUAAAUAUUUUGUUUUUUAUACAAGCAAAAUUCGUAACUUUCCUGCUUCUUUAAGUACCAUAGUUAUGUUUUUUUUUUCUUUUUUAAAAUUAAUUAAUAUUAUUUUGUAAAUACUGAAGUAUCCACACGACUACAGGCUCCAUAAGAUACGUAUAUAGAGUGGAUACAGAGCUUACAAUAUUAUGUUGUUGUAUAAUGAGUUUUGGUCUCUAGAGGAAGGCUUAUGAGGAAGUUUGAUGAUGAUUUAACAAAAAAAAAUAAUUGGGGAUAAAGACGGGAAUUAGAUAACAAAAAGAAAAAUAUUUACAAAAAAAAAUCCCAAGGAGAUUAAAAGAAACAUUAAAAAAAAACUAACGAAAAAAAAGUACAAUUAAGUGAGAACACAUCUUAAGAAGAAAAAAAACAAGAUAAUCAUCAAUGGCAUUUCAUUCUAGGAAUGUUUGCAUUAGAGGAAAAAAUUCAUUUAAUCUUUUUUGGCAAGAAUAUGUGGGCAGCAAAGGAAUUUCUUCCCGUUUAGGGGAGAGAAAUAAUUUAAAUUUAUUUUUUUUCUCGAAAUCUUCAGAAAAAAGUUCUUCUAAUAAGAAAUAUUUUGGAUAGAGUUGCAAUGAAUAGUAGAUAAAAGAUUAUAGAUUUUAUUUGAAUUCUUUGAAUUAAAGCCAGUAUUCUUUAGAUUAAUCGGAAUGAUAUAGGAAAAGAAAUAUUAAUACUGAUGAUUGCAUUAAUAAAUAAUUAAUAAAAAAAUCUAUUAAAAAUUAAAAAAAAUAAUUGUGAAUUCAAAAACAGGAAGAAACCAAAAAAUAAGCAAAAUUUACAUUUAAAAAUUAAUUUCAUUUUGAAAAGUAUAGUUUUAUUUAGUUAAAAAAAAGUAUUUUUCUAAUUUUUAUAUAUUUAAUUUUAUCUGUCACAGGUUUAGGAUCUCAUUUAGCGAAAAGAAAUUUGUAAAAUUAUCAUGAAAAACGCAAAAAAAAUAAAUGAAAAGUAUAUUUCAGAGGUUUUAAAAAGAAAAAUAUUAAAUUUUCAUAAAAUUCUUUACAAAGUGAUGAUUUUUUAAGGAACAUUUUCCAUGAAUUAAAGGUUUUACAAUGCUUAGAAUACGACGAAAUAAGUCCCACAGUGCCAUUAACAAAUACAUACAAAAAAUAUAUUUUUCUUACAAAAUUUACUUGGAAUCCUUGGAAUGCAUAAAUUUCAAGUAUUUAUGUCAUAAAAUUUAAUAUUUUAUUACAAAUAAAAUAAAAACAUUGAAAAAUUUUACUUCAGGCAAUAUAAAUCGAUGAAUAAAAAAAACUAAACUACCCGUAUUUUAGCUUAAAAAAAUGAGCUAAAAAGUUUAUUUUCUUAUCAUUUAAAAAUUUGGAGGACACGACAAUUCCAACUUCAAACUUUAUAUUUUUCUUUCAAUGGGAAUGUGAAGAAAUGAAAAUUUCAGAAAGAAAUGUAUCGAAUUUAUCAAAAGGAUACGUUUACUUUAAUUUUAUGACAAGAUAUCAAAUUGGAAAGGAUUAACCACAAAAUGUCCUCCAAGUGUUAAAGGAUUAAACAGAUAAAAAAGAAAUUUUCGUGGGUCGGGGCGAAGAUUCUUGGCCCGUCGUCCUGCACGAAGUGAUACGAAGUUCAUCAUAAGAAUCAUUUUGGAGCUUCGGACCACUUCGGAUCAGACGAUCUAGCACGAAAUUUUUUUCUUUCUUAAAAUAAAUUCCUUUAUCUUUAUCUAGAAAAAAUGUCUCUAAAAAAUUUUUGCAACUCUGUUAUUUAGCCAAAAAAUUCUUUACUGAAGAUUUCGAGAAUUUUUUCACAUGAAAAAAAAACAAGCCCAAUGAGGGAAAGCUUAAGGAAAUGCAAUUUUUGCAAGAAAAACAAUUAAAAGAAUGUCUAAAAAAGACAUUAAAAAAAGAAGGAAAAUAAUUAUAGAUAAAUUAAUAUUUAGGCGAAAAGAAUAAAAAAAAAACGCUUCCCACUCGAGAACAAGAACAAAAAAAUUAACAUUCUUUGCUAUAAUAUUUAAUCUUUCUCUCUCUAUUAAAUGCAAUUGGCUUUAGAGCUCAAAAAAAAAAAAAUAAUGGAGAAUGUUUGCAUUGUCCGUUGAGGUAAAAAAAAAUGAGAUUUCGUUAAUUUUUGAUGAAGAAAUGUGGAAGAAGUUAAAAGUAAAGAAGGAUGAUAAGAAGGAGGAACUGUAUAGAAUUUUUUGAUAGAUUUUACUACGCAAGGUAUAUCAAAAUGAAUGAUUAAGAUAUUAUUUUAACUAAAAAAAAAAUGAUGAAAA